AUUAUGUCUGGCGAUCGGAUUUGGAUAUCAUAUUUGGUCAAAGUGUGCACAAAUCAGACUCGUUGAUUGCAUUCAAUGUGCCCGAGGCCGCGAAAUCAAACCGCCCGGAACAACAACAACAACAACAACAACAACCAGAACAAGAACAAUAUGCACAAUCGGCCUACUAUUCCCAGUGGGACAAUCUUCGAGCCAUGUCACCGGAAUUUUUCAAUCUGGCUCUUGUACUCAUGCUUCUGGGUUUGCGCUAUCCGAGUGUGUUCUGGUACACCAGUCGGGCAUUCUCAUUCGUGUUCUCUUUGCUCCUCUUACUGACCGGAUUGCACGUGUUGAUCGAGUUCUGUGCGGCCAGUGUCCUGGUCAAACUGGCUUGUAAUCGAUCCCUGUUGACCACUCAGGCUUGGAUGAUCAGUCUUCGGUUGAUCACCAACCCGGUGCACAGACAAUCGUCAAGUCACAUGGUCAAUGCCGCCGGUGGUGGUGAUGCGGUCACUCUGAAAGACCCGAACGCGGAUGGUACGAUGAGUGAUGAAACGGCAGAUUUGAAUCCUUUGGCCUUCAUCAGUCCAUUAGCACUUUCGACCACGGGCACGUUGAUCUUUCUCUGUUUGUUCCUUACCAUUUUCGAGUACGGAUAUCGUCAAUUCACGGAGGAUUUGGCCACCUAUCGUCACUAUUUGGUCGGUUCCUCGAGUGCUACGGGGUUUGGACUGGUUCAGACUGAUCCCUAUCAUCUGAUGGGUGAUGCGGUGGAACGACGA